UGAAGUCUUUGAAUUACUUUUUGUGCCGUCUUAUUUGGUCUUUUAUUGAUGUCGGUUUUCCUUAAGUUGUUGUCUUUGCCUGAGAGGUUGGUUACUUGUUGCAGAAGACAAAUGGGAAGUGUUUGUUCUUCUGGUUUCAAAGAUGAUGAUCAUGAUCAUGAUAAGAAGCUGAGAUCCACCGUUGAUCAUGAUGUUGUUGUUGAUGAUAAGUCAAGAGGUUUCUCUGGGAAGCUCAAGUCCAUGAGGAGAAAACCGACCUCUGAUCCGUAUUAUUCUGACCAUUACGGUAGCUCAAGGAGGAAAAGUUCAAAGACUGAUGAGAAUCACGUCAACUUCUCCGGUGAACUCGGCCCCGUGCCUCCGUUAAGAUCAGACUCCACCAAGUUUAUGCAGAGGAACUCGUUUUUGGGAAGGGCAGGGGUUAUGGGGCUAGAGAAGGCGGUUGGAGUUAUAGACACGCUGGGGAGCAGCAUGUCUGGUAUGAACCCAGUCACCGGGUUUCACUCGGGUGUCUUAUUCUCUCGUGGUCGCAAAGUCAAUAUAUUGGCAUUCGAAGUGGCCAACACGAUAGCCAAAGGUGCUGUUUUGCUGCAAUCUCUGUCUGAAGAGAGUCUCAAGCUCAUGAAGAAGGAUAUGUUGCGUUCCAAGGGUGUUAAGAAGUUGGUUUCUACGGACACCAAAGAGUUGCAAAUUCUUGCUGCUUCUGACAAAAGGGAGGAACUCGAUCUUUUCUCUGGAGAGGUGAUCAGGUUUGGCAAUAUGUGUAAAGAUCUCCAGUGGCACAACCUCAAUCGAUAUUUCGAAAAGCUUGACACAGAGAACUCGGAGCAUGUAGUGCUCAAAGAUGAGGCAGAGACAGCGAUGCAAGAGCUCGUCACUCUUGCCCGCUUCACUUCUGAAUUGUAUCACGAGUGGCAAGCUUUGGAUAGGUUUGAACAAGAUUACAGGAGAAAGCUGGCGGAAGUAGAGUCUUUAAACCUUUCUAAAAGAGGAGAGAGUAUCGUCAUCUUACAAAAUGAACUGAAACAACAGAGGAAACUCGUGAGUAGCUUAAAGAAGAAGUCUCUCUGGUCCCGGAAUUUGGGAGAGAUUAUUGAGAAGCUUGUGGAUGUGGUUUGCUAUAUACGUCAGUCCAUUGUGGAAGUUUUUGGCAACAACGGUGUAAAAGCCAAUGAAGGGAAGCAGGGAAGAGAACGAUUAGGUGAAGCCGGUCUUUCGUUACACUAUGCUAAUCUUAUCCAACAAAUUGAUAGUAUUGCGUCCCGACCUUCAUCACUUCCUUCUAAUGUAAGAGACACGCUGUACAAUGCACUACCUGCUACUGUCAAGACAUCUCUUCGUCCUCGGCUACAAACUCUUGAUCGUGAGGAAGAGCUUUCAGUAUCUGAGAUCAAAGCUGAAAUGGAGAAGUCGCUUCAAUGGCUUGUCCCAUUCGCCACAAACACCACCAAGGCACAUCAAGGAUUUGGAUGGGUAGGCGAGUGGGCAAAUUCAAAGAUAGAGUUUGGGAAGGGAAGAGGCGAGAACAACGGGAACCCAACACGACUUCAGACACUUUACCACGCGGACAAACCAAAAGUUGAUUCGUAUGUACUUGAACUCGUUGUAUGGCUUCAUCGGCUAAUAAAGUCAUCAAAGAAACGAGUUCACGGCGUUAAGCUUCCAGAAACCAAAUAUGGCUCUGAACCCAACAACAUAACCAUCUCUAAUACGCAGCUAUCUCUCUCCCCUGACUUCACCUACAAAAAACAACUCUCUCUAGAAGACAGGAUGUUGUUGGACAGUGUACAAAGCAUGAGAUUUGGUCCUCAUCUAAGUAAGAGCCAAGAGUUCGUAGGCCUGAAAAAGAAGAACAAGAAAGGAAUCAAGAUAUGGGCGCUGAGCAGAAGUACAGGAAACUCUCCUAAAGUUAAUCUUUCAAGUGACAACUACUCUUCUAGUGAUUUGGAUGUCCUUGAUGGUUUGGAUUUCGCUUCCCGAACCGGUUUUUGAUACAGUCUUCUGUAUUUAUAUAUUCUAUCAUUUUUAUUUUUUUUUGUAUAUAGCACAGCAUAAGGAUAUAACAGUAAUGUAAUAGUUUUGAAACAAAACAAACACAACACACUAUGGUUGGUUUAG